UCGUCGCCCCUGGUUGCCACCUGAGUUUGUGUACGGACAAACUCGAAGAGCCAAGUGUGUUCAUGAGAGAAAUCUCUGUGGACACGAUCAUUCUGGUUCUCUCGCCAAGUAUCAGCCCAAACCCAUUAUAGGACACGUCUCCUUAUAUUGCCUCAUUACUUUCUUAAUGGGAUGCACUUAUCCCUCCUCCUUACUGCUUUAUAUAUAAAUACCAUUCCUACUUUUUCCUUCGGUAAUCUGCUUAUCACUUUCAUUUAUUUCUUCUUCUUCGUGCGGAAGGCAAAAACAUAAGACAGAGGACAAAAAAAACAAAGAAAAGAUUUAUGUCUAAAUCAAUCAUGACUAAUAGUACUAUUCCAGAGAAAAAACAGCUGAGGAAGCCUGCUCAGGCUAGUUCAAGGAAAGGGUGCAUGAGAGGCAAAGGAGGCCCAGAAAAUGCUCUCUGCACUUACAAAGGUGUUCGCCAAAGGACUUGGGGAAAAUGGGUUGCUGAAAUUCGAGAACCCAAUCGCGGUGCCCGUCUUUGGCUCGGUACUUUUGACACCUCUCACGAAGCUGCAAUGGCUUACGAUGCUGCUGCUCGUAAACUAUAUGGUCCCGAAGCCAAGCUCAACCUACCGGAGUUGCACCCCAACAAUAAUAGCCGCUUUCCAGUCGAAACCCAUUCUGCCCAAAUCCAAAUGGGAAAUCAAUCUCAAGGACAGCAUAAUUCGAGUACUAUGUCUUCAUCACCAUCAUCAUCAAGCGGCAGCCCGAUUAUAAGGACUAAUGACGUUACACCAGCAUAUACCCACGAGUCAUCGAACACGGAGUCAAAUGGGACAGUGGUAGAAGAGGAAGCAAAUUUAUGGCAAAAUCAACAAGGGAUCGAUGACCUCUGGGGAAAUCUGAACGUGAAUCUGCCAUUAUUUGAUGAUUCAAUUUGGGCAGAGGCAGCAAUGUCAAUAGAUUUUCCGGCGAUGGAAGACACCGGAAUAUUUGCAAGUAACCUGAUGGAUGUAACAGGAUGGGACGCGUUGCACACUCCAUGGUGCAUGUAAAUUUCCAUGUGUCCAUGCGUUUGAAGUUGAUGAAAAAAGAAAGCUACGAUGUAGCCACAUAGGGUUUUCUGGUCUUUUAUCGUGGCUCUUGUUCAUUGUACUCUCCCCACCCCCCUCAUAUACCCAUGAGUCACGUGCAGGUAUCCAUGAAUCACGUGCUUCUACUUUGUGUGAUACACCCUGAUACUGGUCAUGUAUGUAACAUAAUAGACCUAGUAACAGUUUGAUAUAUAUUAUACUACUAAAAGAUUUUAAAAAGGGAAACCUAUUGUUUUUUAAUUUUUAGUU